AUGUUGGAUCUACAAAAUUUUUAUUUCAAAACAAUAACGAAAAAUAUUCCUAGAACUUAUCAUUCUUUUUCAAGUGUUUCCGAAUCAAAUAUUGUUGUGAAUGGAGUAAUUAAACAUGUAGAUUUUUAUCCGUCCGCAUUUAGACUACAGAAAAAUUACAAAUUGCCAUUUAUCAAAGGCAAAUUUAGUAAUGAAAAUUGUGUGAUAUGUGUUGAAGAUUUUCAUUUACGUUCAUUAGUAUAUGAACUUCCAUGUCAACACACAUACCACGUGAAGUGCUUGGAAACAUGGCUAAAAGAAUGUCACAUAUGUCCAUGUUGUCGAUGUGUUGUGGUUGGUCACAUAAAAAUAUAUCAUGACUACGAAUCUAAGGUUGGUGAGAAUAGAAAUGUUACAGCAAAAAUCAAAUUGGUCACAAAUCACAAUGUUCAUUAG